CGCCGCCAUGCGGCCCGCCCCGACUUCGCUCUGGCUGCGCCUGACCUUGGCCCUGGGUCUGGCCCUCGUUGGCCUCCUGGCCCCAGGGUGGGCCUCGGCCAGGGCCCCCAUCUACGUUAGCAGCUGGGCCGUGCGGGUAUCCCUGGGUUACCCGGAGGCCCAGCGCCUAGCACGCAAAUUGGGCUUCGUCAACCUAGGGCAGAUCUUUCCUGACGGGCAGUAUUUCCACCUGCGGCACCGGGGCGUGGCCCCACAGUCCCUGACCCCACACUGGGGCCACUGCCUCCGUCUGAAGAAAGACCCCAAGGUGCAGUGGUUCGAGCAGCAGACUGUGCGGCGACGCAGGAAGCGCUCCCUGGCCGUGCCCUCGGACCCCUGGUUCUCCAAGCAGUGGUAUAUGAACAGCGAGGUGCAGCCGGACCUGAACAUCCUGCAGGCCUGGGGCCAGGGCCUGUCGGGCCAGGGUGUCGUGGUGUCCAUCUUGGACGACGGCAUCGAGAAGGACCACCCGGACCUCUGGGCCAACUACGACCCACGGGCCAGCUACGACUUCAACGACUACGAUCCGGACCCCCAGCCUCGAUAUACGCCCAGCGAUGAGAACCGACACGGGACACGCUGUGCUGGGGAGGUGGCAGCAGUGGCAGACAAUGGCUUCUGCGGCACCGGGGUCGCCUUCAACGCCCGCAUUGGAGGCGUGCGGAUGCUGGACGGCCCCAUCACGGACGUGGUGGAGGCCCAGUGGGGCCCCGAGGACGACGGCCGUACCGUGGACGGCCCGGGCGUGCUCACCCGCGAGGCCUUCCAGCGCGGCGUGACCCAGGGCCGUGGCGGGCUGGGCACGCUGUUCGUCUGGGCGUCGGGCAACGGCGGCUUGCACUACGACAACUGCAACUGUGACGGCUACACCAACAGCAUCCACACGCUGUCCGUGGGCAGCGUCACCCGGCAGGGCCACGUGCCCUGGUACAGCGAGGCCUGUGCCUCCAUGCUCACCACCACCUACAGCAGCGGGGUGGCUGCCGACCCCCAGAUCGUCACCACGGACCUGCACCACCAGUGCACGGACAAGCACACGGGCACGUCUGCCUCGGCCCCGCUGGCGGCCGGCAUCAUCGCCCUGGCUCUGGAGGCCAACCCGUUCCUGACGUGGAGGGACAUGCAGCACCUGGUGGUCCGCGCGUCCAAGCCCGCCCAGCUGCAGGCCGAGGACUGGAGGACCAACGGCGUGGGGCGCAGAGUGAGCCACCACUACGGCUACCGGCUGCUGACCUACAGCCGCCGCGGGGACCUGGAGAUCUCGCUCACCAGCCCCAUGGGCACCCGCUCCACCCUCGUGGCUAUCAGGCCCUUCGACGUCAGCGGCCAGGGCUAUGACAGCUGGGUCUUCAUGUCCCCGCACUUCUGGGACGAGGACCCGCGCGGCGUGUGGACCCUGGGCCUGGAGAACAAGGGCUAUUACUUCAACACGGGGACGCUGUACCGCUACACGCUGCUGCUCUACGGCACGGCCGAGGACAUGACGGCGCGGCCCGCAGGCCCCCAGGUGACCGGCAGUGCGUGCGUGCAGCGGGACACGGAGGGCUGUGCCAGGAACGCCACGGCCCCGCCGAAGCUCUGGGACGCCUCUGCCUCUGCUGCCCUCAGAGGCUCUUCACCCAGGCCCAGCAGGCGGUGACGUGACAUGACCGG